AUAUACAAAUGUAACGUAUCUUAUCAAUUUCUGUACGUGAUAAUCAUGAUUUUAACAUGACUUUUUGUCUCUCCAGGUCAAAGACAUCGAUGCGGAGAGCCACCACUCCGGGAAGGUGACGGAGAGCACGAUGGAGGAAAAACUAGAGCGCACGGUCCGAUGUUCGUCAGUGUUAAUCGGCGCGCUGGGUAUCUCACUGAUAGCGCUCGCUGUGUACACCACGGUGCUGGUGCUCACCGAGUACCGCAGCGCCCGGCCCUGCCUCAGCGAGCAGUGCGUGGGGACCGCGUCAAGAAUCCUGCAAGCUUUAAACAAAGACGUGGAUCCAUGCACGGACUUCUACGAGUUCGCGUGCGGCGGCUGGAUCAAACAGAACCCGGUGCCGGACUGGGCGACCUCCUGGGACCAGCUGGCCAAGCUGCGGGAACAGCUGGUCAGCGACCUGCGGGAGCUGCUCGAGGUCAAGGACGAUGAGGGUCUCCCGAACAGCGUAGUCAAGGCCAAGAGCUUGUACAGGACUUGUGUUAAUACUGACAAAUUAGAAGAUGACGGUAUCAAACCGAUCGAGAGAAUUUUAAUGAAGCUGGGGUUACCGCCCCGUCCGCCCACCAUUGGCAGCGCGAACUUCUCGUGGGUGGACAUCGCUGGGCUGGGGCGCCGGACCCUCGGUCUGAACGUGCUGCUCAGCGUGCAGGUGGCUGAGGAUGUCCGAAACACCAGCAGGAAUCGAGUAGUGAUCGAGCAAGUAUCCCCAGGGUUCAGCGAGCGCUACCUCCUGCAGCCGGAACAGUUCUCCCAUGAGCUGGAGCAAUACCACAAGUACAUCAAGUCUAUGAUCACCAUAGCAGACAAUGAAACUGAUGCGGAGAAAUUCGCCGAUGACAUCGUUGAUUUUAGCAAGAAGUUAGCCAAGAUAAUGACGCCUGUAGAAGUGCGCCGCAGCGGCACGCACCUGUUCCACGAGGUGAGCGUGCAGCAGCUGGUGCAGGGCUCCAGCGGCGGGCCCAGCCAGUGGAGCCAGCACGACUGGGACCGCUACCUGAAGCUGGUGUUCUCCAACACCAGCGUGCAGCUGGAGCCGCACUCCGACCGCGUCAUCGUGAUGGACCUGCCCUACCUGCAGAAGUUGGCGGUGCUGCUUGCUGACACUAAACCUGUCAUUAUAGAGCGCUUCCUAUGGUGGAGCGUGUUCUCGACGGUGGCCCCGAUGACGCUGAGCGCGUUCCGCGAGCUGGGCUUCGAGUUCUCGCGCGCCGUGUUCGGCCUGCAGCAGCGCACGCCGCGCUGGAAGAGCUGCACGGCUAACGUUAACGCCAACUUCGGAGUCGCCUUGUCCUAUCUCUAUGUGAAGAGGCACUUCGACUUUGACUCAAGGCAGAAGGCUAUAGAAAUGGUAGAGGACGUACGCGCAGCGUUCGCAACAGCAGUACAAGAGCUGGACUGGAUGGACUCCACCACACGGCUGAAGACACUCAACAAGCUGCAAGCAAUCCGCAACUUCGUGGGCUUCCCGGCCUGGCUGCUCACACACGAACAGCUCGAUAAGCAUUACAAACAUGCGGAGGUGAUAGAAGGCAAUCUGUUCGAGACAUACCUGAAGCUGACGUUUGCGGCGGUGAAGAAGUCGCUGGAGUCCCUGAGAGACAAGCCCGACAGGAAUCGCUGGGUGGCCACCGCCACAACAGUGAACGCCUUUUACUCCGCUACCCUGAAUUCAGUCACAUUCCCUGCGGGUAUUCUACAGCCGCCAUUCUACGGAAAUGGAAUCGAAGCAAUCAACUACGGAUCAAUUGGUGCCAUAAUGGGACAUGAAGUGACUCACGGAUUUGACGAUCAAGGUCGUCGUUAUGACGAGGAGGGCAACCUGAAGCAGUGGUGGUCGGCGGCCACUCUGGAACACUACCACAGCAAGGUGCAGUGCAUCAUCGACCAGUACAGCAAGUACCACAUGCCGCAGCUGCCUAAUUAUACCGUGCACGGGUUCAACACGCAGGGCGAGAACAUCGCGGACAACGGCGGGCUGCGCGCGGCGCUGGCGGCCUACCGGCGCCUGGCCGCGCGCGCGCCCGCCGCCCGCCGCGCCGCGCUGCCCGGCCUGCCGCACUACAAGCCGGAACAACUCUUCUUCUUAGGGUUCGCACAGAUAUGGUGCGGCAACUCAACAGUGGGGGCUCUCAAGUCAAAAAUGGUGGAAGGUGUGCACAGUCCAAACAAGAUCCGCGUGAUCGGCACCCUGAGCAAUUCGCAGGAGUUCGCGGACGCGUGGAGCUGCCCCGCGGGCUCGCCCAUGAACCCCGAGCACAAGUGUGUGCUGUGGUGACACUGUGAUGCUAGAUGUAAGACUACCAAAGACUCUGUUAGGUUACCGAAAGUUACCGCCUUAGGGGUUACGUACAAGUUUUAUACUGUAAUGCACUACUCGUUACUUUGCGAUGGAACUGUACUUAUUAUUUUAGUGACAAAUUAUGUGAUAUGUAGUGGCACGGCCGUACUUAACAAAUAUUCACGUAGGUAUCGCAAAGUUUCUACUAAAACUCUCACCCAUAAAUCGGUUUUAAUUAUAUGGAACUAUCAGCAGAGAAGCAAGUUUUGGCCAAUGCGUGCUGCCUAAUGUCUGGUCGUGCCAUAGGAAAACUGAUAGUAGUAGUAUUAGUGGUAUAAAUAUGUUUGACAAUAACAAUAUUUAUUUGUGACAACAUUUAAUAAAAUAUCUCCAAAUUAACU